UGACAAAUGUCAUAACUUCUCCAUCCUUACCGGCAAAUGUAAAAAAAAAAAAAAUAUUGCUUUGUUUUGUUUGAUUUAAUGUUUUUCUUUAUUUUCAUCUUAGUACAAUAAAUUUAAAAAAAACAUUGAAACCAUAAUGGAGACCGUCGAUAUUCAAGCGGUCGAGUCGAAACUGAGCGACGUUACGGUGACCGCGAUCCCAAUUUCGAGACCCCCCCAAAACCAUGGGAUCUACAAGGAAUCCCACUCGAACCAAAAUCAUAUCGCAAAUAACGUGUCCGUUGGUCUCUCUAGCCCCCAAGCAGGUAUAUCGAAAUAUGCUCAGUUACUGAAUGCAAUCGAAGAGAUGGGCAGGGAAGUGCGCCCUACAUACGCAGGUAGCCGUAGCUCAGCAGAAAGACUUAAAAAAAGCAUAGUUUCUGCAAGAAUAUUAGUGAGGGAGUGUUUGAUUGAGACUGAGCGCAGUGCAAGACAGUAAAAUAAACAGUUUAAAGAGGAAAACGGUCAGUGCUAUAAGGUAAAUGACAAAAAAGUGCCAUCUUGCAUGUUAUUGGUCAAAUCCAAUUCAUUGUUAGGCCAGUAACAGAAUUCAAGCUUAUUAUUGUUAAGACAAAACAUUCAGGGUCCAAGUUUUUAUUAUUAAGUAAAAGCUACUACUAGUUUUUCAAACUCUGAUCCUCUUUCCUCGAUACUCUUUAUUAUUAACUAUUUUAUUAGAAUUUGUGAUUGCUGGGAAUUACUUUUUAUACUUUAUAGCAGUUAGUAGAGUUCUUUAUUCAUACUUGAAAGUAGGUUAUUUUAAUGUAUUAUUGUACUAAUAAGUUGCACCACUGUAUAUGGUUUAAGUUGUCGCCUUCAUGUUUUGCCUCAUCGGAGGUACAAUUUCAAGUGAAACUUUCAAUUAUGGUUGGUGUUGCUUGAUAAAAAUUUAUUAAGUAAUUUGGUAAUUUUUUAAAAUAAUUGUGAUAACGUUGCAAACUAUAGACAAAUUCAGGAAACUUAAACAGUACAAAUAUACAUAUAAUAAUGUAAGACAUGUUUGUUGUACUAGAGAGUUAUUUUUUAUUGUUACCAUUGUUUCGAAUGUCGCACUUUAUUGCUAUACUGUUUGCUCAGACAUUAAUAUACUAGUAUUUUCAUUAUUUAACCAAAUAAACUGCCAAAUACGUAUGAUAGAACUCAGGUAAAUAAUAUACUUUAUGUCAACAAUAUGUACUAUUUUUAUAUUUUUAAUCGAAGAACUAUUUACAUAUAAAUCACUUUGUAAUAUAAAUUAUAAAUAAAGGAUUGAUUUCUUGA